AUGUUUAAAAACGAUGGAUUGAGGAAUGAAGUUUACUCCUCUCAGCUUUCAAUACUUCAUUGCAUAAAUUUACUACGAGAAAAUGGACAAAACAUUGGUGUUCACCACGCAUUAGUCCAAAGGCUAUAUUCAUUUUCAUAUGACGAAAUAGAGUUUUUCAUUCCCCAACUUAUUCAGCUUCUAGUAGUGUUUGAAACUGAUUCAAUGGCGUUAGAAGAGUUCUUGUUGAGAUAUUGUGAAAACUAUCAUCAUUUUAGUUUAAUUGUUUUUUGGUGUUUGCAGGCUUUUCUUUUCGAGCUUCGAAAUGAGCCGGCCUCAUAUGCAUUUCAAACAGUUCGCAAUUUCAUUAAUAAGUUGCAGAGUAUCCUUUUCAGUGUGGGUGAUCAAGUUUCAGAACGCAUUGAAUUUAGGGAAAAUGUACACCCAGCGUUGGUUCUCAGUGGAGCAGUUUUAUCGUCAUUCGCAUUACCAUUUGUCCAUGAUUACGUUUCUCCUAUAAUAAGAUCACAGGCAAAGCAACAAAGAUUUCUUGUAUUUAAUAAGGCCAAUUUUCAAAAGAAUUUGACGAAAAAUCUCACAUUAAAGAACCAGAAACUAUCAGCCAAUCAGUCACUGAGUAAUUCUUCGGAUGUCAAAUCAGUUCACGAGAACGGGUCUAAGACAGGUGAAACUUCAAACUUUAGUAGAAAGGCAGUCCUGUCUGUUCUGCUGGACGAUUCAGAAACAAACACGACUGAUGAUGAAGAUGGUAAAUUGUCUUUGAAGCACGCAGAGUUGAAAGAAGCCGCCUUUUCGAAUGUCAGUGAGAAUUUAAAAAUCAAUAUGACUAUAAAACGUAAAAAGAGUCGUCUGAAUACUCUUGGAUCUUUGAGAGAUGAUAUGAGCAGAAGUGUUCAGUCGUUACCCGAUCUCACAAAGUCACAUUCAAGACCAGACCUUCUAGCCUCCGAAUCGGAAAUGGCCCUUUACACCAACAGAUACUCGACAGAUGCAGGCAUUAAAAGAAUUAAUUCCCAAAGUAUCUCAGCAAAGUCAAAGCUGUAUCAUGAGCUUCUUAAAAUAUUAAGGGUGAAUUAUUCUAAAAAGGAGACUGAAUUCAUCAUGUCCCUUCAAGACAUAUCAAUGAGAUUGUCGCUGGUACCUAAAGCAGCAAGAGUUUCCGCACUCAGGGCGGAAUUGGCGAUUAUUAAUGAGAGCCUUUUACCUUCUGAAAUUGACAUACCUCAGUUGUUGCCAAUUACUAGUAACAAGAAUAAGAAGUUCCACAAGAUUUUGAAAUUGAGUAUCAACGAAGCCUGCGUAUUAAAUUCAGCGGAAAGAGUUCCAUACUUGCUACUAAUUGAAUACUUGAGUGAUGAAUUAGAUUUUAAUCCGUUCACAGAGUAUAACCAAAGGCUAAUAAAUAGAAAGCUCCAAGAAUCGGAGUCCAAGCGCAGUUAUGAAUCUAAUAAUAAUGACACCGAAUCCCUUGUAUCGGACGUGAGAAGUAUUCCAAUGCAAGAGGGGAUUGAUGGCAUUACUAGCAUUGAAACUGACUUGGGCGAAUUAUCCAUCUUAGGGUCACGCAGAGAAAGCCGUGAAUGGGCUACCUCGAAAUUAGGCUCCAUAUCCCCACGUUUAUCACAAGAUGGGCUCAAAAGUCCCCAAGUGGGAAAUGCUGGUACUCCAAAUUCGGCGGAAUCACUGGUUCUUGCUGACCAAAUGCGCAUUGCCUCAGUGAUGCUUCAACAGUUGGAAAAUUCUGGACAGUCAAAUACGGAGCAGUUCAUUGCUAUUAAGACCCGAAUCAUAAACUCAAUGAUUUCCUUGCAAGACCAAUUUGAAAGUAUUGAUUACGAGACUAUGAAAGAAUUGAAGACUGAUGAACAAGAUGCUGGUCAACGUAAGCUUGAAAAUGAUUUCAAAAUAAGCGAGGAUUGGAAUUCCAAAAAACAGAGAAUCAGGAAGGCUAGUGCUUAUGGUCAUCUAAAGAAUUGGGAUUUAUGCUCAGUUAUUGUGAAGAAUGGUGAUGAUUUACCACAAGAGGCUUUUGCAUGUCAAUUGAUUACUAUGAUCUCGAACAUAUGGAAGAAACACAGAAUUGCUUAUUGGACAAAAAAGAUGAAAAUCCUCAUUACCAGCGCAAAUGCUGGACUAGUUGAAACGAUCACCAAUGCGAUGUCGAUCCAUUCGAUCAAAAAGUCGCUCACAGAACUUUCGAUUGCAAGUGGCUCAAAUACAAAGGGAAGAAUAUUUACAUUGAAGGAUUAUUUUGAGAAACUCUAUGGAGAUGAAAGUUCUCGCAAGUAUAAGCAAGCUCAAGAAAAUUUUGCCAGAAGUUUGGCAUCAUAUUCAGUAAUAUGCUAUGUUCUCCAAAUAAAAGAUAGACACAACGGAAAUAUUAUGCUUGACCACGAUGGCCAUAUUAUUCAUAUUGAUUUUGGGUUUUUGUUGGGAAAUUCACCAGGUUCCAAUAUUGGGUUUGAAGCUGCUCCAUUCAAGUUGACAACUGAGUAUAUCGACUUGUUAGGAGGGGUAGAAUCGGAGUUUUACCAAUUAUUUGUUCAAGUAUGCAAGGAUUGUUUCAAAGUUUUGAGAAAGGAGUCCGACCAAAUAGUGAGCAUAGUUCAAUUAAUGCAAAAGGACUCGAGUCUCCCUUGUUUCAAUAACGGAGAGAACACCAGUGUUAUGCUAGAACAGAGGCUUCAAUUGCUGUUACCAGAAGAUUCAAUUGAUCAGUUUGUUGAAACGUCAUUGGUGGGCAAAAGUUUGAAUAGCAUGUACACCAGAUUGUACGAUCAGUUCCAGAUGAUAACUCAGGGUAUAUACAAUUAG